CAGCAGCGCCGCGCGCUCCCGAUUCCUCAGCGCGCCGCCGUGCAAAAUAUGGGGGCGCGCUCUUUAUGGCAGGUCUCAAAAGAGGGGGAGCAGCAGCGCACGAGCGCGCCGUCGUUGUCAGGGAAGGACGGGGUACAGCUGGGAAAAACAUACACACGCACGCACACCCCCGUCUCCAUCACGCACGCACAUAAGGCAAAAACAAAAGCGACUCUAAAGGAAGAGAGAGCGGAGCGGUAGAACAGGAGCAUGCGGCGAGGAGCAGGGGCUGCAGCAGACCUUUGUUUGUUUCCUGGAAACCCUGGAGCGCGAGGGAAUAAAAUGGAGUGGUAGGGGCUCCGAGGCGCGAGAGGCGCGUCCACCUGCUGCUACCGGGAAGGCAGUCCGGGCUCGCGAGGGGUGAACAUGGUGAGACCGCUGCAUUGAAGAGGGUUACAAAAAACAACAACAACAACGUAUGACAGCAUUCCACACGCCGAGCGAUCAAGGAGUCUUAAGAGCGGACGGGACGUGCGGCCCCGGGUGUAACGGGAGGCUGGACAGCGGUAAUUAUGUUAGAGAGAGAGAGAUUCAGUUCAGAUUGAUGGAUGUUCUUCAGGAGUCCCGAUUCUCUGGGGCAGAUCGCAGCCCCUGCUCAAGAGAUGCUAGUGAAAAUGAACCACAUGACCCAUUGGCAGAUGUGUCACAUGAUCUAAGGCGCUGUGAUGACAUCGCUCCUGCAGCACUGUCCCUGCCCUCGCUCUGUGGCCAGAGUCAGACCUCCGAAGGUCCUCUUAGCCCAGGCGACCUGCAUGAUGGGUCCAUCUCCAACACCACCUCUCUCUCCUCUCUCUCCUCAUUCUCCUCUCUUUCCUCACUUUCAUCUCUCUCUUCUGUGCCCUGUUCCAAACCUGUGACGCCCUGGUCUGUGCAGCAGACCUGUGACAGGUCAUCCUUCUCUAACAUGGACUCCAGGGGCGGAGAUUGCCUUAGCUGUCUGAUCCCCAAAAAUCAGACAGAACCGGAAUCCUGUGAGUCCGUACUGGGCUUUGCCAGCAUCAAUUUGCAAUGCCUUGGCCCAGCCCCCAGCGCAGGUCGCUACGGUGACCAGGUUCUAUCUGACCAGCUGCUCAGCGGCCCCGCCCAUCCAACUGUAACCAAUGAGGGGGCUGAGGAAGGGAGGUCGAUGCAGGAGAGCGAAUCAGAUGAGGAUCCUGCAUCCAGGAGCAUAUACGAAGGUCUUGGAGAGGAGGCGCAGGACUGGAGCUGUCUAGAGACUCUCAUAAGUGAGAGUCGUAUGGAGCUGUUGGACUUAUGCUCCCGCAGUGAACUUGCAGUCAAUCUGUUCUGUGAGGAAGAUGUGGAGAAUUACAUGUUUCAGGAGGAGGAGACUGCACUCAGUACUGAUGUCUGUUCACUAAAGAUACGUUAUGAGUCCUAUCAGGAUGGAGUGCAGGAAAGGAGUGAGUCUGCCCUACAGGAUGAGUCUCAGCUAGGUUUCUUUCCAAGCUUACCUUGCAGUAGAAAGGAGGGGCCAAAAGAGAAACCAGACCAAUCCAUUGAGAUUAAGGCUGAUGACCAUGUGACCCCCAAUAUUAGUCCAGACAGUAACUUUAUUUUUGACAUCAGUAACUCUCCGGAAGAUUCCGGUGAAUUCAGUGAUGAUAGCUCUUGCACGGUCUCACCAGACCAUGGGCUCUCCCUCCGCCAUGGCUGCUUGUCCAGAGAGAACUCUAGCUCCUCCAGCCAGCUAAGUUACCGCCUCAGAGCCAAGAGAAAGGUGGCCUACCGAGAAGACUACUUGUAUGAUGUGGACUCUAUAGAAAGUGAGAAAAAUGCAGAAAAACGAGAUAAACAGCCUGCUGGGUUCAAGAAAGAGCGUGAUGACGACUGGUGCCCGAAGAAGAGGCGGCGGUCCAGUAGGAAGGACCCACCUGUCAUCAUAAAAUACAUAAUUAUUAAUCGUUUUAAAGGCCAGAGGCACAUGAGAGUGCGGCUGGGACGAGUCGACCCAUCACCUGCUGUGGUCUGUCUGAGUCCAGAUGCUCUGCUUCACUAUGAGAGACUUGCACCAUUAAAAGCAUACUGGCAGGAAAGAGAAAAGGAGCAGAAUAGAUUAAUGGCUGCAGAAACAACCAAACGUCUUAAUGGCUGCAAAAGACCAAGCACUACACCCAAACGCAAGCACAGGAUGGCCAGAAUCAGGAUCCAGCAGAUCCAUACAGUGCAGAAUUCCCUUCCAACCCAAACUAUCGUGGUCCCCGUCCACAAACAACCACAGGGGACUGAAUCCCUGAAAAGCACAGAGGAACCAGAGGACAUUAUCUCCAUUACACACACUGCCAGGGCUAAAAGCAGAACACAGGAGAGAGAGGAAAGAAGAAAGGCAGGUAAACCAGGGAAGAUAAAAAAGUUCAAAAGUGAAGCAAGACUUCGGUUGAAAAAGUUAAAAGAGGCUGAGACACAGGAAGUCCCAGAAGCCUCUGAGAUUGAGCAGUGCAGCCCAUGUUUACCAGAAAACCUUAGUAACUCUCUGGAAGUUAAUGUUACAAAUGAAACCUCCAGUAAUGACCCUGAAAAAUGCACUUUGACCCCAACUGAUCCAGGGACUGAAGGAAAUGCUGAACUCCUCCCCGGGGGAUACCUGCAAACUCUUCUUGAAGCCGCUGAAUCAUCGAGCACUACUAACAUUAACUAUUUCCAUCCAGGGCUACAGAAUCCCACACUUCAGCCAGUCCAGAGCUGUGUUCUGUCUCCUCCUUCUGAAUCAGAGCUGCCUCACUCUCCUCCACCUAUGAACCAUGGGCCCCACCACACACAUUUUACUGAGCCAAACCUUACUGAACCAAACCAGCCCAUUUCAUGGCCAUCCCAACCAUCUGCUGAACAGCUGCCCUUCUCCCCAGACAUCCCAACCCAGUCGCCUAUGAUGCCAUCGGGCUUUCCCACAUCAUUGCCUGUGUUAGCAGGGGAUAGCACAAAUGUCACAGGAUAUGGGAAAGUGUCUCUAUCAGGGUGCAGGGUGUCAUAUGAAGAGUCCCAACCUGAUGCUGAUUAUGGCUUGAGUCCGACUGGGUCUCGGAGUGACAGUGGUGUAGGGCGACUGGUUAGCUUUAACUCCCUUGGGUCACUUUCUGCCACCUCUAGCAACUAUAGCUCGCUCAGUCUGAGAGAGGGAGAAAGGGAGAGAGAAGAGGAGAUUGGUGAGAUCAACGAUGGCUUCCUGCCGCAUUGCAGCCCACGGCUCAUCCUGCAGCAAAGUCUAGAGGAGGUUGCUCCUCUUCGAGAGUCAACUGACCUCUUGGAUAUCUCCAACUUUACCCCUGACAAGUUCCGUCAUUCGUCGCUUUCUGAGAUGUCCCCGCCAGACACACCUAACUCCUCCCCUCAACUGCUGGGAAAUUGUGGUAAAGUUGGAGAGUUCUCGGAAGCAGCAGAAGCAAAUGUACAAUGGAACUGUGGAGUUGUCACACAGCUUAAUCAAGAUGAAAACCCACAUCUCCUUCAGAUACACUCUUUCAAUACAGCGGAGGAAGAAGUAGGGCUAAGGGUUCACAAAGGUUCAACGAAAAAGGGUGGAAAAAACGGACAGGGCACCAAAAAGAGCAAAACUGCUAAAACGGUAAAAGGAGAGAAAGUAAAGCUCCCACGCCAAGGUUCUCGUUCUGUGCGGAAGAUCAAAGCCUUGCUAGAGGGAAAAGCAGCUAAAAGUGGCGGAGGGUCAGAAAGUGGCACUUCUUCCCCUACCCCAUCGCUUGGCUUAAUCGGAGCUCAGGGGGAGUGGCCUAUUACUGGGGGCCUGUCAAACGAUGACCAACGAGAAUUCCAGGAACCAUCUAACAUCCUGUCCAAUAUUGUGUCUGGCAUGGCUGAGGUACAGCGUUUCAUGAGGGCCUCUGUGGAGCCUCUUUGGGGGCCUUGUCUUUCACCAGGUCAGCAUGCCCUUCAGAGCCAGACAUUGAAGAUUCUGGGUAGUGCUGCUGACCUUAAAAAGCGGGGUGGUGCCUCGGGCGGAGGUCGAGGGAAGAAAGGGGCUGGGCGUGGUGGUAAAGCACUGCCUAAACUUCUCCCACCAGGCUUCUUUCCUACCCUCGGAUUGGACUGUCUCCCACUUCCACACCGUCCAGCCCACAAAAAAAUGUAUCGUCACAAAAGCAGCGCUAAGUUUACCCGUGAGGAAAUCUUAGCGGGUAAAAGGGACAUAAAAGGAGUAGCACUGACCGCUUUGGUCGAGAAACGGAGCUGUAACACUGUAUGUGUUAAAUCGGUGUCACAGAACCAUGGUUUAGACCGAGCCCAGCGCCCUGCUCUGUCUCUCAGCAAAUGGUUGCCUUCUGUUCAGGGGUCAAAGGUCAUGUGUAGUAUUCUGUGCUAAGAGUUGUUUCCCCUCGUUUCUGUGCCAACCCCUCAGAACAAUGGGCUUUGACAAGCUAAAAGAAAGCAUUUUAACCAAGAUGCUCUUGUUUUCUGAGGUUCUGAAAUUUUAAAAGAGAUUUUUUCAUUAUUGUUUUUUUAUAAGUUGUGAAAAGGGGGUUCAUUCAUCUGUUCUCCAGUGAAUCUCCUCCUGCCAGUAUCAAAAUGCUGUUGUACACAAACAUAUGCACUAUUUACAGAACAAGAUUAUAUCAAACAUGUUUAAAUUAAUGUGCCAAACUAUGAACAAUUAAAUGUACAGACAUUUUUAUCUACAUAAAUAUUUGCUGUUUUAUAAUGUGGCAGUGAUUGAGGAGCGUGUGUGCUUGAAAUGGGGGGGGGGUUGUUAAUCUGAGAUUCACUCCUGUUGCUGUACAUCUGUACACACAGCUAGCAGCAAGGAGUCUUCUCAACAAUCAAAAGAAAAUUAUUGGUUUAUUUUCUCUGUUUUACACUCCUGGUUAGUUCAAGAUUAGAGGCAUGAAGUGAGAGAUGCAUGACGAGAAUUGGUGGGAGGAAGCUGAAGUGCUAUAAUAGCAGAGAAAAACAUUGGUUGCCUUUCAUUCUGAUGUAUUUCUGGAUGGUAAAAGCUCAUUGUUUGUGUGUGACAAGGUAAGAAAAUGAUCAUUCCUUCUUACAACAAGACAUAUAACGCAUUCUAACUUGUUUAAGUCCCCAAGUUUCUAGUUAAGUAAAUAUAUUUCGCUGUACCUCUAAUUAAUUUUACACCCUCAAAACCAGUUAAGAACAGGACCAAAUAUUUUUAAAAAGUUUUUCUAAUUUGUUGCUAGUGAUAUGCAUGCAUUUAAAACAUAAUAUGGAUAUGUGCUGUGAAUGCUGAUCCCCUGUAUUACUUUCUUACUCGCCUGUUUUUUCUUACCUGAUCUCAGAACCAUCAUUUUUCUAUUGCCGUUGGAAUGUUAUUUGUUGUGUUAUAAAAAGAGGGAAAGAUGCCAACUCGGUUACCCCCAUGUGCUGUUUACUGCUGUUUGCUUCAGGAUCUUUUUUUUUUCUACAACUCCCUAGAUCCCCUCUUUUGUGAAUACUUAUUUGAAAAGAAAUAUUUUUUUCUUUUUGUUGCCUUUAUGUUCACAGAGUGUGAAACACUUUUGAGUUGUUCAACACUACAUUGUAUUGACAAUUGUAGUUUGAGAACUGUUCCUCCUUUAGUGGGUAUUUGUGCAAAUGCUAAACACAUUGCUUUGAAUGAAUUUAGAUGAAGUUAUUGCAAGUUUGAAAUGUUGAGGAAAACAGGUGCAGAUGAUGAGUGCCAUUCCACGGCUGGUGGUGCAAUUCAGAAGUGAGCUUUGAAAACCCCUUGAUUUUAGGGUGAACUAAUUAGAGCCUUCAUAGCCAAAUCAGCCUCAUCAAGCCCAGGAAAGACCAGGAAAUAUUGGCCGGUGAAAUUAAUUUUAAGUUUGUUGUCCAAAUGAUUUUUUUUGUUGUUGUUCGUUUGUUUGUUUGUGCUGAGUGAAUGGAGAUGUAACACAGUUGGUUCAGGUCCGUUGGCUCAGGGAACCCAACUGCAGUCACAUCUCUCAUCCCCUCAGCUGCACAUCUCGCCAUACAAACUCAAGCUGCUCUCAGCGCUGCCCCAUGCUGUACUGUUUUUACAUAGCACUAAAGUCGCUAAACCUGCAGGACAUCUGUGAUGCCAGUGCAGGGUGCUCUUGUUCAUAUUUUGAGAGCAAAUUUUUACACCAGUGAAAACUUUAUAGCACACAUCCCCUGCACUGACCGAAGUGUCAUAUUUUUUCAAGUUCUUAAACAGUGUUAUUCCCCUUUUAAGUGCAUCAUGUAAAAUCAAAACAGGCAUAUCAAAAACUUAAUUGUGCCCUAUUUAUGAAUGUAUUAUAUUGUCAAGUUGGAAGUUUUUUUUUUAAUGAUUUAUUUGACACUACAUUACUUGUAACUACUUUUGCCUUUUUUCAUCAUCAAGGGGAAAAAAUAAACUGUUUCUACUGCCUGGUCUGUCUUCACCAGGUGGAUUCUCAAUGAACUCUUGAUGUAGGAAAAAAAUAAUAACCUGUAUAUUUUUCAUUGUGCCAAUUUGUAACACAUUUUCUAAGUGUAUAUUUUUCUUAGAAAGUGAUGUGAGGUCGUUCUUACUGUGGCUUUGUUCUUUUCCCUUUUCUGCAAGUGAAAAGGUUGCUAAUUGCCAUGAUGUUUUCUUUCUUUCUUUUUCUUUCUCUCUCUCUUAUUUGUUUUUUGUUUGUUUGUUUUAAAACCAAAAAUUGAAAAUACUAUAAAAAAUAAAUAAAAAACUAUUGUAAAGGAGAGAGGAGAAGAGCAAGCUGUGACUCUUUGUUGAGAGUUUUUGUAAUUGGACCAAUCUUGUUGUAAGAGUGUUGUGCUCUAGUAAAAAUAUAUAUUAAUUUAAAGAUAAAAAAAGAAACCAUGAAAACAGACAGUGGAACAAUAACACUAAUUUGUGAUCUCAUUGCUGUUUUAUAGAUUUUCAUGUAAAUUAUUCUAGUAUUUUGUUUUUGUUGUAUCUGUCACAAAAGUUGAAAUAUUUGUGAUCAAGCCUGUAUGGUGACAAAUGUAAUACUGGUAACUUGCUGAGUUUUGUAAUCAUGUUUAUGGAAUAAAUAUUAAUUAAAAGAGCUUUUGAUCACU